UCCACUCCUCAUUAGCCAGUGAGACCUUUACUAUUAGACUAUAAUAUUAAAUUAGUCCUUUUUUAAAACUGGAUUAAGAGAAUACUUCUUGUGCUCAGAAGUGAAUAGUGUGUGACAGCGCGCGCGUGAGUUGCAUGCGCUGAGACUUUCUAGAGCCGAAAUGAACGCAUAACCAGCAUAGUGCGCAUCGAGAGUCAUUUAGAAAGAGCGCACGGAGAGUCUGUGAGAGUGUGCGCGCGCGCCUGCGUGUUUCAUGGAGUGUUUGUGGAACCCAGUGGACCUUAUGGACGGGAUGAACCGGUCCGAUGUGAGCGACCCCACCGCUGGAUUGUGUAAAAACGGGACCAAGGAUGCAGCGGCACUGGAGACGCUGGCGCUCGGCGUCGAUGUGGACAACGUGGUUGUCCUGCUCGCGUUCGCGCUCAUCUUCGCGCUGGGCGUCCUGGGCAACUCGGUGGUGAUCGCGGUGCUGGCGCGCAGACGUCCCGGAGCGCCGCGUGGCACCACCAACAUCUUCAUCCUGAACCUGAGCGUGGCCGAUCUGUCCUACCUGCUCUUCUGCGUGCCCUUCCAGGCCAUCGUGUACGUGCUGCCCACCUGGGUGCUGGGCGCGUUCCUUUGCAUGUUUACGCACUACUUCUUCACCGUCUCCAUGCUCGUGAGCAUAUUCACGCUCUCUGCCAUGUCCGUGGAUCGCUAUGUUGCCAUCGUGCACUCGCGCAGGUGCUCCGGAGUGCGCGUGGCACGACACGCUGUGCGCGCCAUCGCCGUGAUCUGGGCACUGUCGCUGGCCAUGGCGGGCCCCGUGGCGCACUAUCAGAACAUCAUCAAGUCCAAGGAGAACGUCACGUACUGCUGGGAGCUAUGGCCGAGCGAGCGAGACCGGAAGAUUUACGUGGUGUGCACGUUCGUGUUCGGCUACGUCCUGCCGCUACUGCUCAUCUGCUUCUGCUACGCCAGCGUUUUAAAUCACUUGCGUAAAAAGUUGAAGAACAUGUCCAAAAAAUCAGAGGCAUCUAAGAGGAAGACAGCACAGACAGUGUUGGUGGUCGUGGUGGUGUUCUGCCUUUCCUGGCUCCCUCAUCACAUCAUCCAUCUGUGGGUGGAGUUUGGCUCAUUCCCUUUGAACCAAGCAUCUUUUAUGUUCCGCAUCAUUGCACACUGCCUGGCCUACAGCAACUCCUCUGUCAACCCAAUCAUCUACGCAUUUCUCUCGGAAAAUUUCCGGAAAGCAUACAAGCAAGUGUUCAAAUGCCAGAGCAAGAGGCAUUUAACGAUGUUAAAGGGAGUACGCAGCAAAGCCGAGCCGCCACCAAUCACCAACUGUACCAGUGUUUAAUGAAUACACACUGCAUGUUAAAAUGAAAAAGCAUUUUCUUUCUGAACAUAAUAAAACCUGACCUGGGCUAAGGACCAUGAAAAACAGUUACACUACUACAGUAUAUGUAUAUAAAGCCUCCCUUAUGCAGAGUGUACAGUAUACAAUCCUUACCAUAAUUGUCCUGCCUGUGCUUAAGUGAUGUGAUUUUCCCAGCCUAGUUUCCAUGUCAAUAUCCAUUUUGUAAAAACAACCAUUUAGAGCAUGAGAGGGAUCUCCUGGUGGAUGAGUCAGGAACA